CCCAAAUCGACUUCCUGUAGGCGCCGCCGAUGUCGUCUGCGGUUCCGUCCGCCGUCCCGGCGCCGGAGAGGCGACCCGAAACCACCGCCGUCGACGGCGUCCUGCCCAGUGAACUGCUGAUCGAGAUCCUGCUGCUGCUCCCGGCCAAGGAUGUCUGCCGCGUCCGCGCCGUCUGCCCCUCCUGGCGGUCCCUCACCUACGACCCGCUCUUCGUCGCGGCCUACGCCGCUCGCCACCCGGGCCCGCUCCUCGCCGUGAACAACGGCGGCGCCUGCAUAGAUCUUGUGGACCUCUCUGGAGAUGUCGUCAAACGGCUUCGCACCACCAUGGAGGGCUAUUAUGAACCCAGGGUUCUCUGCACGCGCUUCGAAUAUGUCUUACUCCAAGGUCAAGACCACAUUAUCAGCGUGAUUGACCCUGUCUCUGGGUCUGUCUCCGCCUUACCUGUUGGCAUUGCAGAGGGUCUUGCAUGUCCUGGCUCGGGGUACCCUUUCUGGAUUGCACUGGGGCAGGUAGCUUCCAAAGGAGAGUACAAGCUUGUUCGCAUUGUUGGUGAGGACCUCAUGGGUGGUGGAUAUGGCGAUGGUCACUUGUGCGAGGUUUUCACAUUUGGAGAAGGGAUUGGACACUGGUGGAAGAAUGAUAAUCCAGCAGCUUAUCGAGGUGGAAUUGGACAGUGGAGGAAGGUAGAGAGUCCACCAGCAUAUCUCGAUCCAAGUUUCACCAAUGGAGUGGUUGUUAAAGGAGCUGCCUACUACUUCUUUGAUCGAUGGCACUUUGAACAACCAUACAUCGACAGCUAUAACAUCAAGCCUGGCUGUAUACCUUCCUUCAACCUGGAGACUGAGCAGUGGAGUGUCGCUGUCCAAGGGCCAAUAAGCCAAAUUAUUGAGAAAUCCAAUGGCGUGCUUAAUUACAGAGACCUUGGUGGUCGGAUAAUGUUAGGUGAACAUAAAGAUUUCUUGGUUACAGUACACUACAAUAAGAAGACCUCCACCGUAGACUUGUGGUUUUUGAUGGACGCUGAGAAUUCUUUAUGGUCCAGACAGCACAUCAUACAAAUUGGUAAUAUUCCAGGUAGUAUGCUAGUAGGUGUUCAGCCUGUGUUGGUGUUAGAUGAUGGACGGAUAAUCCUAUUGGUCCGGACACAGUCAAAAGAUUUGUUGCGGAUUUACAGUCCAGGAACCAACAAUGCCACAGUUCUACAAGUGAUGGCAAGCUCUUCAUAUGUUGGAGUUGGAAUAUAUACAGGAAGUCUGUUGUGUUGAUAGUGUGGCUACAAAGGGAGCAAAGAAACUGCGGAACUUUACAAAGUGCUGUACCGGGUAUGGAACUCUAUGUGAGGUGCUACCACUAUGAUCAAGGAAAUUACCAGCCCUUAUGUUCAUCUGAUAAUUGAAAAUUCUUGCUUGCAUUAUAUAUACUACUGGUUUAGAAAGAUUGUUAGUUUCUCUCUUCAAAAUUUGUCGUAUGUAGAAAACAUCUUAUGGUAAUGCGACAGUUACGUGAAUUGUGAGCUUGACCUAAUCCUAGCCUUAUGGAGCAUGGAUGUCAGUAAUGAAUUGAAUCAGGCUUGCUGGAAGUAUUGCUAUGUAGCUCUUGAACCUGGAAUGUAUGGCCCGGGUUGAGUUUGUGUAGGAAAUAUGCCGUGCAUGAAUAUAUUGAAAUAUUGGUUCAGCAUUGUUUGCCUUU